UCAUUCGCACUACAGACUGUUACUCGUCUCGGAGCUUUUCUGAUCAAAAUCAUACUUUAAACAUGGGGAAGCUUUCGACAUGGACGCUUCUGGCAGUCUUUUCUCUGCUGGUAGUGAAAGGAAUUUGUCAGGAUCUGGAUUUGUUAGAUGCACUUGAUGAUAAUCCAUCUACUUCAGCUCCUAAAGUGAAACCAGCAGGCGGUGAAGUGAAACCCACGCCUAAGCGUCCUGUUCAGACCACAGUCACAGUAAAGACUCCAGUAAAUCCCAAACCCAAACAAACAGAAGAGACAUAUACUGAUCACUUUGAUUCCACCAUUCGGCCGGGUCUGUUGCCCCGAACAACCACUAAACCUCUCCAAACCUCUGUUCACCCCUGGAAACAGUCUGGUUCUGAUUUUGAUCUUGCCGAUGCUCUCAAUCCCGACAAUGACAUCAAAGGAAAGGGCAAAGACUCGGACAAAAAUGAUAAAGGCUUUGCAGGAGGUGGCCGUGAGGAUGGCCAAGUCAAUAGCCGAGGUGGAACUAGUGCUGGUGGAUUCUCAAAUGACGACCUUGUUGAUAUUGGCAAUGACAAUACCUAUAAACCAGACAAAGGCAAAGGUGGACAAGGAACAAGAGGCAAUGAUUUAGGUCCUGCUGAUGAAAAUAACUACGACACCAUGGCUGAGACCGGUACCAUCGCUGGUAUCGUAAGUGCCAUUGGCAUGGCACUGGCUGGCGCGGUGAGCGGCUACAUCUCCUAUCAGAAGAAGAAGCUAUGCUUCAGCAUACAGCAGAGCCUGAACACGGAUUUGGUGAAGGCAGAUGCUCCAGAUGCUGUCGUAGCGCAGGAGCCACAAGUUCAACAGACUCUUCUCCAGCCCCCUAAUGCUGAGCCUCCGACAGAGGAAAAUGCUGUCUAACCUGAAACACAUCGCGCAAACUGAAGGGGCAAAGUUUCAAAUCUUCAUUUUCAACAUUUUCCCAUUCAAGUACCACUAGGCCUAUGUUUCUCAGCACCACGCGGCCAUUUUGGAGUGCUAAUGCGACUGUUUAAAUCCAGCUUAAUAUAAUUGUAUUUAUUUAACUGUUAAAGCCUGUUUGCUACAGUUUUGCAAUGUAAAAGAAAACCAUAAAAAUGAAGUUUUGAGAAAUCAUUCAAGUUUUAAAAAGGAUUGGUAUGGACUCCUUCACUGUACUGCAGUACAGUCCUUUUGUUUUUCCUUCAUAAGAUUAGCUCAGACAAAUGCAUACUCAAAGGAUUACUUGACUAAAAUCUGUCAUUAUUUACUCUAAACCCAUAUGAGUUUCCUCUGCAGAACACAGAAGGAGGUAAUUGAACAAAAAUCUGGUUGGGUGAGUUCAAUCCGGUGGCAUUUAAUCAUGAUUUACGCCCAAGAGUGUAUGAUAUUGAAUUAAGAAGCUCCAGUAUUCAUGCAAAAACUUGCUAACAAAAAGAGCUUACACAGGUGAGAAAUGACCCAGAUAGCACAGGUACAUCUGUAAGAUGUCAUGUCUGCCAAAGAUCUGGAGAUCUGAAAAACAUCUGCUCUGUAAAAACAUGAUAAAAGUCUUAGAAAAUGCAGUUUUACAUCCAUUCUUAAUCAUACACAUCUUAAAGACAUCUUCUAGUUGUCUAGAUGACAUCUGACAGUUGAUGUCUCAGAGAUGUAUUGCAGAUGAACAAACAAACAAAAAUAUACGUUUUACAGAUGUAAGUGCAGACAUCAAAUAGAUGUCUCCCAGAUGUAUGUGUGCUAUCAGGGGACGACUGAAGAGACAAAUACGGAUUUGGAAGGACAUGAGGGUCAAUAAAUAAUGACAGAAUCGUACAUUUUGUUUGAGCUAAUUUUUCAGCAUUGGCUCAUUGGUGAUUCUAACGUUUACAGAAACAAGUGAUUGGAUAAUCAUAUGAAUAUGCUUUUAUAUGCUUUUAUCUAGACUGUUUCCAUACGAUGUUACAGUAAGAUAGGUGUUUGGAAUUUGCUAUUUAAUCUAGAUCAUGAAGGAUUUGUCUUAUUGUUUUUACUUUUGCACAUUUGGGCAGUUUUUUUAGUUUUACACAAUCUGUAUAUAUUAGCCUUGCUUUCACAUGGCAAUGUGAAAAGAUUGUUACACAUAUAUGCAGGUAUUUGUGUCUUAGCAAACUUUAGACUAGCGUGACUUUUUAAAAAAAAAAUUGAACGACUGAUGUCAGAAACUAACCAACAGCUGCUUAACUUCUAAUUUGCGUAAAAAAACACACUGAUCAAAAAGGGGUGUAACUGUGAAGACGUGAUUGUGUAGAUGAAAAACAGUUCUGACUGCUUUCGUGUGUAUUAGUUGGAUGUCAGUGGUUGUGAUUCCUUCUUUUGAGGAAUAUAUAGAACCGGUGUGAUAAGAGUGGCUAGUUACAUUAGCGUGAAUUUGUGAGUGGAAGUAACUUGUGUUUUUUAUGUUAGCGCAAUACUUAAGGCCAUGGCACCUUCAGUCCGAAAUUUGUGUCCGAAAUUUCCGGACGUUAAAAAGUAAAUACGACCACACGUUGUGUCAAUCACAUUUACACUGCCUCCGAUAUUUUCAACCGUCAUAAAGAAAUUUGAACUGGGUUCGAUUAGCAACCAUUUUUAGAGGCGUUUGGACAAUUUAGAGACACCGUUCAGACGAGCGCCAAACACGAAAAAACGUAUCCUAAAAUUUUGGACUGUAUGUGCAAAGACCUUUACGCUGUGUAGUAACUCUUGUAUUUUCCAAUCGAUCGCCGUUUUGGAUCUUGAUGUGCUUGUAUAUUGCGUACCGUUUUGAAGUUUGUACUCAAGCCGUUGUAUCAGUGUAUGUCUAUUUACACUUGUAGCAGUCAAUGUACAUAAAUGUUUGGGCCCCCCACUCAUUUUUAACUCGGGAUUAGUUUUCGUCCUAGCCUAGUGUUUGUAUCGUUUGUAGCAUGUUUGAACUAUAGCUUUCCAGUCUUUUUAGAAUCCUUGUAGACCUGAUGCACCCUUACUAGUUUUGCUAUUGCCUUAAUCCCUGGCUGCAUUCCUAGUAGCCUGUUUUGCUAAUUUUUGUUACAACUCGCAUGGAAAGAUGAAUGGGUUCUGACUUUGAACCACAGUGCGUUUUUGCUGCUGAAGUUUUAAGAAGGUCACGAAACAGAAUUGGGAAGAAAACUAGCAAGAAAAAUUAGCAAAACUAACUGGAAAGCAGAUCAAUCCUUGCCGAACGCAUGCCUACUUAAGAUGCCCCAGAUUUAUAAUAGCUGUUGUUUUACACUGUGAAUUCAGGUGCACCUUUUUUACCCCCCAGCCCUUGCAAAUGGUGCUUUCCUUCCCAAUGCCUUACCACGCUAACAUUAGCGAAGACACGCUAGCAUACAAACACAGAAGGAAACACGACACUAACAGUCGCAACCAUUAGAAGGGCUGCAUUUAUUGAAUGUGCACUAACCAGAGGUACAUGGGUGGAACCUGAUCGCGUUCCAGUUUGUUCUCUCACAUGCCCACAAUGAACUAGAUUUACAAUACUUGAGUAACUAAUACUGAUGUCUGACAUGCUUAAGAAUGUUGCCUGAUAUCAGCAGCAUGGUCCAACCUCUGCACACUGACAGUUUAUCCUACCACGGCAUUUGAACCACAUCUAUAGAUAAAAACAAAAACCAACAAACCAGAAUGUUAGCUGAAUGUAUCUCUUUUUACUGAUAUGGUGUUUGUUAGGCUACAGAACAAUGUGGCUUUAUCGGUGCUACACUUGUCAGAAAUGUAGAACACCAAAGAUGAAACGUGAAUGUGUUUUGACAUGGUUGUCAGUGUAGUGAUUGGUGUCAGCAAUGAUUUUCAAUGAUAGCUAGCAGCUAAAUGAAAGACACAAAGGUCUUGGUUUAGGAAAUUCACGAGUGUCUUGAAUGUUUUUGACAACCCUAUCACAUAUUUGUACUAUUGUACUAAGAACUAUUCCAGAUUUGCUGCUUUGAUGCAGGAUCUGACUGUUAAAACCUCCCCGAUCCUUUAAAGGUCCAGUUUGUCAUGUUUUGGAGGAUCUAUUGGCAUAAAUUCAAUAUAAUAUACAUAACUGUGGGCUGUGUUUCAACCGGUAGGGGUGGAGUGAGUGGUUGGUUGCAACUACGCAACCUUGCCACUAGAUUCCUCUGACUGGACCUUUAAUCGAUUGUCUACAUUUCUAAUGAUUGGAUCCUAGAAAUUCAUAUGGCAAAGGUUGCAUUUCUAAGGCUCUCUGGUAUUGUUUGCCCAGUUGUUGCAAUUUUGUCAAAACAAGGGUGUAAAUGCAGAACUGUACAGAUAUGCAUGUUUUGAAUUCUAGCUGUAGAUAUAAAAAGUAUUUUUCUUGUGUACUGGGUUUAUUCAUGAGCAUAAGAAAUUUGUUAUUGGGCCAGAACUGUCUGAGAGGUGUCUUAAAUUUGCACUGCCAAAUUGUUUUUUUAUCAUGUAUCUCCCACAGAAAAGAGUGUAGCUCUGUGCAAUAUUAAGUUUGCAUAUUUAAUAAAUUUGGCCUUGACCUGAACCUCAGAGAUAUUGAUCUUCAGUAUAUAAUCUCACAGUUUUCAUUAGUGCCUGCUCAUACAAGUACAGAAUGUAAUGAAAACACACAAACACACAGAAAUUAACUGAAAAUGACCUUCUAGACACCUUCAGUUUCUACUGUAGAAUUUGAUAUUAAAUUUUUGUCCUCAAAUUGUAUUCUGUAUUUCAAUGGAGGUCAGCACAAAGAAACCCAAUAAUAAACAAUAUAUCUUG